AUGAUAGGACAGUGCACAACUCCCCCUCCCCCUCAUUGGGAUGGUAUCCGCAGCAUUGCAAGUUCUGGCAGAAAUGUAGCUUUUGCAUGACAGACAAAUUUACGACUGAUUGUAGUGCUGUUUCGGCUUCGGGAAUCUGUCAUGCAUAGUAGUGGCACAAGGCAGAAGGUGGAGUUGGUGUUUUGCAUGAGAAAUGAGAACGAGGGGGAGUUGUGCAGUGUCAUAAACGAAGGCCGCGGUUGUGAAAUUUUUGCAGACCACAGCGGGGUUGAGCGACCUCACUAUGGAACAGGUGGAAGACUUAGAGAUUAGGCCGAAGGAAGGGACGCAACCACCCAACGUAGAAGUGGAAGUGACUUUUCAGCUGCGGGUAUUGUGAGGAAAAGCGUCCCCAAGAACCCAGAGGAAAGAUUUGGGGAUUUUUUCGCUACACAAACCUAGAAGUUUUUGGAGUCAACACGCAUGACAGUUUAUUUGGCGUCGGAGUGUAAAAGCUGUGUUUCGUAAAAGUGCAUCCACAAUAAAUUUCAAAACACCGCUAGAAAACGUUUCUUAUGGGGCUGCGCAUGAGAAACACUUUGAGAUUGCAGGUUCUUCGCGUGGCAAGUUCAUGGGGUUUUCUGACGUUUUUCCUCAGGAUAGCGGGUUGAGCCAGACCUGGUUGACCAGGUCAAUGCAGUUUGGAAUCCCGACGAACCGAUGGCACAGGGUAGCGACGCACUGGCUGCGUUGGGGAGUGCGCUCAAAGAGAGCGUGAAUGAGAACGACGAGCUAAACACAGACAUGACGGUGCCGGAGACUGGGGGUGUGGAAACAGUCAUUGUGACAACGACGACAAUAUCCAGUGGAUAAUGAUGAUGUCGUGCUCUUUGGGUCUGGAAAAUAAAUGAACUUGUGAUGCAAGCCUGGGCAGGAUGUCUGUGCGCACUGCAAGACGCAACCAAGCAUGACAAGUUUCUCAGCUCCUAUGUUUUAUUCUUGCGUAUAAUUCCGCAUCGCAGGAGUGGCAAACUGUGUUUUUUCCUGACAGGCAUUCUUCGUGACCAUAUGCGUCUUCACAGCAAAUGCAGGAUCAUGCCAGACAAGCAGGACAAAAGAUCUAGCCUUUUUCCGGACCCAAAGAUCAAUAUUUCCGAAUCCAUAGACCACCACGACGACCCUCGAUCCAAACAGUUCCCCACCGCCCACGCAGCUCCGGGCCUUGCAAUUUGGUCUCAACGCGGGGGAAACCAAGACAACCGAGGAAAGCCAGGCGCUGCUUGCCAGCGCGGAUUUCCGGAAUGCGAUUGUGAUCGGGUUGCGAACGUUUUUCGUGGAAAAAAAUCCGGAAUUGAGUGAGGAUUUAUCGCUGGAAGACUUUCACCCCGUGGACAUCAGCUUGGCGAGUGGCGGUGGUGCUGCGUCUGCUCUGUCGUCGUUCAUACAAAUGAAGCAGAAAAAGACUGGUCUGUGGUCCAGCACGACAACACGGGGCAGUAGGCUUCUACAGGAGGAAAGAAGAAGUGGUUCAAAAAGAACUGCUUUUACACCAUCACCUACACGGACUUCGCCCUCAUCUCCUUCCCUACCUCACACAGCGGACGAGAGUCCUCACAACGAGACUACUUUCGCUAGUGUCAAGAAAAGCAGAAAACCGCGGAAACUUAUCAGGGCUGAUUACGAAGAGGGUGAUCUUCAUGAUUUGCAGCAGCAAGAGCAAAGAGUUCUUGUACGCAGCAGAAGUGAAGCCGAGUCUUCUUUUCUGGAGGAAGACCACAGCGAAAUAAAUGCAAAGGUGGCUUUGAAGAGGAUGAAGAGCAGCUUGGCCGUGAAUGUGCAGUUCGGCAUAACGCCCAGCUCCGCUGAUCUGGAACAGAAACUGAACAAUAUCAAAAUGAAAAAUCCCCCCUCCCCAUAGUGAAAGCGCAUCCAUCUGAAAAUUUGUGAUGCAGAUUUGUGACCACAAAUCUUGGUACAAAUCUUGUCUGUCUUGCAAGAAGGCAGGUCCAGGCUGCCCGGCACGUUAAGCGGGCGAUUUGUAAUGCUGUAAGGCCUACAGGGCAACCGUCUUCCAUGCUAGGCGCCUACGCCAAAAGGCCCCUACCUAGGCUCACGAUCUGCGUGCGGUGCUCUACUGCAACACAAAUUUGCUUUGUGUACUGAAAUACAGCAUCACAAAUUUCGUUUUCGAUAUGGGGUGGUGGCUUUUUUCACUUUGAUAAACAAUGUUUGGCCUUCAGUCCCGGCCGGGUCCAUCCCCACGCCAGCGGACGAGAGCACGCUGGGCUCCGCGGCUGCCAUGUCAUAUCAAAUGCAAACAUGUCUGGGACUCGAAAAACUUGCGAUGCGGAGCUGCGAAUAAGUUAAAUCGGAACAGUUGUGCGGGCAGCCAAGCAUGACAAGUUUUAUUUAAAGCGCUCCCCUAAUAUAAUUGCUACUGCGCAUGACAAAUUGCGUUUCUGCCCGCGGCCUCGACGAGAAGCUGCUGCACUUUUGUCGGUUAUGCAAUACAAGCAAUGUUGCCAGAUAAGCAUGACAAGCUCCGCUUUUGCUCUAGACCCACACGACAGAUUUGCAUAAUGCAUAGGUCGAGCCUGGUGACGACGUUGGGUCAAAGUGUCGCGACAGUCGAUUACAGCAUCACGCUAUCCUGUGCAAAAGUAUCGCACUCGUACUAAUCGCGUUCAUGCAUUACAAAUUUCUUUCUCAAGUGAAAUCUGCAUUUACAAAUUUCAUUUUUCAUCAUACUGAGGAGAUUUGUCAUGCGAUUCAUACUAGUACGAUGCUCUUGCAUUUCAUACACGCUCACCUCCAAUCCCACUAGCAACGAUGAACAGGAAAAAAUCGAGGAGGCACCGAGAGAGGAAUCCGCUUACGACUCUAUGCAUUGCAAAUAUGUCUGGGUCUGAAAAGUUGGAACUUGUAAUGCUGGCCCUACAUUCCUGUGAAGUCUGUAUUGCAUGACCGACAAAAGUCGUAGUCUUAUACAAAAACGCAGCUUCUCUUUCUGAUGCGGAGUGCGUAUGAGAAAGCGUUCUGCAAACUUGUCAUGCUUUCCUGCAUAAGAAAGUGUUUUCAUCAUGCACAUUUUAGCAUUACAACUUUCCAGACCCAGAGAUAUUUGCAUUUGAUAGGCUCUGGAGAUUCCCAAGAUUUCACAAAGAUGUUGCUCGUCGGCGCGGGCGGUUUGUUACUGUUACUGCUGCUGGGCGGUUUGUUGCUGCAGCGUGGUGCAGCCCCCGCGGGCGGCGCCGGAGCAUUGCCUUCUGCUUCCGGGAACAAUCGGGGUGCUGCCGCCCGGCGGCAGCGGCCCGCUGCGCAGGCUCGCGGCUCUGGGUCCGCGUCAUCGUCGUCAUCGUCGUCGUCAUCGUCGACGGAUGGAGGCGAAUAUGGAUUGAAAAUAUCGAUCUGGGUCUGGAAGCAAUCAAACUUGUGAUGCGCAUUUCAGAACACAGAAAAACCUCUCAUGCAUAGGUAGCAAAAGCUCAAGCUGCCCACUUUCUGUCACCAAAGUGGGGGACUUGUCAUGCGGAUUCGGUAUUGCGGAAGCUUCUCGAAAGAACCUGUGUUGCUAGAGCUUUCAUGCCAGACCUUCUUGUGUCAUGCAAAAACAGCAUGACAUAGACAUUCUUCCAGACCCAGACAUUUUUGCAUUUUAUAGCGAAGAGCCCGCUGAGAAAAAAGAAGGAGACGAGACCCCCGGUGAGACAAAAGAAGGAGACAAGACCCAAGAGGACAGCGAGGGGAAAGAACAGAAAAAAGAUGUUGAUGUUGACCCAAACACUGCGACUGUGA